AUGCACAAUUUGAAUGAAUGUGAACAGUUCCUGCUGAAAUCUCUUUGUGAUCGACGUGACUUUGUAAAGGAAAACAAACUGUGUUUUGGUUGCUUCAGCGACCAACACAUCGCUAAGAACUGUAAGAACAAGCAAAGUUGUAAGACCUGCAGCAAGCAACAUCCUACGUCAUUACACGACGACAAUUGGACAAGGAAACCUAAGAGACAGAGCGAAAGAAAGGAACCUGGAAACAAGCCUCAAGUAAACAGUCGCACUACUGUAUGCAGCAUAACUGAUGCUGGAGAUAUACCUGUCAACAUGAGUAUAUUACCAGUUUGGUUGUACCAUAAAGAUGAUCCGGACAAGAAGAUAAAGGUUUAUGCACUGCUGGAUAAUGCCAGUGGCGGAACUUUCAUAAAAGAAGAAUCAGCUAAAAGACUUGGUAUCGAAGGAAGUGACACUGUCAUUAUUGUGACAACCCUUAAUGGUACAUUUGACGUUUCAACGAAAGCCAUCGAAGGAYUGAUGGUAGCUAGUCUUAAGAGUACAGAUGUUAUUGAACUGCCCAGAACAUUCACUCGUGAAGUYAUUCCAGCCGAUCGCAGUGAAAUACCACAACCAGCUGUAAUAAGAAAAAUAGCUCAUUUGAAGGACAUAAGUAAAGWAAUACAUCCUUAUAUGGAAGAUAUUGAAGUAGGACUGCUMAWUKGAUUGAACUGCCCAAGUGCACUUCGACYAAGAGAAAUUGUUUAUGGAAAUGAGUYAGAMCYCUAUGCAAUACGUUCACUACUUGGAUGGUACAUCAACGGACCUAUCAACACUUCUAAGACCAGCCACCAUGCCAACCUAAAGUGUAMCAGGAUUCAACUAAGUGRGAAGAAUGCCUCUUCUACAGCCAAGRRACAYAUUGUCUCUCAAAGAACAGUGAAGGAACAAAUAACAACUYAAGCAGUKGAAAGGAUGUUUGAAUUAGMCUUUUCCGAAAGGGAGAAGGGAACUGCAAUGUCACGUGAGGAUUUACAGUUUUAUAAUACAGUGGAAAAGGGCAUCAUUCAUCUGGAAGAUUUACACUACGAGAUGCCACUCCCAUUGAAACAUCAGAACCUUCAGCUCCCAAAUAACUAUGCCCAAGCAGAGAAACGUCUGAACAGCCUGAAGAGACGUCUAUCAUCUGAUGACCAGUACUACACAGAUUACCGCAACUUUAUGAUGGAGAUCAUCUCAAGGGGAUACGCACGAAAGAUCGAUUCGCAGUCAACAGAUAAAGAUGGAAGAAUCUGGUAUCUACCUCAUCACGGGAUCUAUCAUCCACAGAAACCAACUAAAGUCCGCGUGGUCUUCGACUGCUCGGCUAAGUACGAAGGUGAAUCCCUGAAUGACAACUUGCUCCAAGGACCGGACCUCACAAGCAAACUGAUUGGCGUCCUCACGAGGUUUAGGCAAGAAAGGUACGCCUUUAUGGCGGACAUCGAGAAAAUGUUCUUCCAAGUGAAAGUAAGAAAGGAGGAUCAAAGCCUUCUUCGGUUCCUGUGGUGGCAAGACGGUGACAUCAAUAAAGAGUUAGAAGAAUAUUGCAUGACUGUGCACCUGUUUGGUGCAGGGUCAUCUCCUGCCUGUGCCAACUAUGCUUUGAAGCGCACGGCAGAUGACAACGAAAGAGAAUACGGGUUGAAAGUGGCUAAUACUCUUAGAAGGAAUUUCUACCUAGAUGAUGUUCUUAAAUCUGCACAAACAGAAGAUGAAGGCAUUGAACUAGCAAAAGAUGUAAGGAAAGUCUGUUCCAAUGGUGGAUUCAACUUGACCAAGUUUGUCGGCAAUACCGAGCGCAUCAUCAAUUCGGUACCUCAAGAACAUAGAGCUGCAAAUGUAAGGAACUUAGCUCUUGGCCAAGACAAGUUACCUAUUGAAAGAGUUUUAGGAGUUCAUUGGUGCAUCGAAUCAGAUACAUUCAAGUUCAGAAUAGAGCUAAAGGACAAACCCUGCACUCGCAGAGGGAUUUUAUCGACAAUUAGCUCUGUAUAUGAUCCGCUAGGAUUUAUCGCGCCUGUGGUACUAGUUGGAAAGAAAAUUCUACAAGAUAUCUGCCAUACAAGCAACUGGGACGAAACCUGUUGA